ACAAUAAAGAACAGGGUACGAGGCUACUGCUGGUCCCAGUGAAGAAAGAACAGGCAGAGGUAAGGAGCCAGGAGAGGGAGAUGGGUGAAAGCGAGACUCAUGGGCUUCCAGAACGUCGUCGUCAGGAUGUCCAUGUUUGGGACUCGGUGAAGAAGACGGCUUUUGUUCUCGGUACUGGACUUCUCACCUUCGUUGCGUUCCGGAACACUCUGACAUGGCACUUGCAGCGGUUCUGGGGGGCUUCUGGGGACUUUUGGCAAUCACAAUGGGAAAGGCUCUACAGCUAUUACAAUGGCAAUGAACUGGCGUUGUUCUGUUUGGGCUCCAUGGUUAUUCCCAGCCUGUCCUUCUGGAUGUAUAAUGCUGUCCUAAUGGCAAUCGACCUGGCUGGAAAGCCAAAUUUUUUCACCCGAUAUCGAAUCCAACUUGGAAAGAAUGAUCCAGUGGACCCAGCUAGGCUGAAGCAUGCUGUGAUCACCGUGCUUUGCAACCAGAUCUUCAUCUCAUUCCCAAUGGUUCUGCUCAUGUACCCUUUCAUGAAGUGGUGGGGAAACCCCUGUGGUAUGGAGCUUCCCACAUUCCACUGGGUCCUCCUGGAGCUAUCAGUCUUUACACUUAUUGAAGAAACGCUGUUUUAUUACUCUCAUCGGUUGUUCCACCACCCCAGUAUAUACAAGCACAUCCACAAGCAGCAUCAUGAAUGGACAGCCCCAGUAGGAGUCGUGUCCCUCUACGCACACCCCUUGGAGCAUAUUUUUUCCAAUAUGUUGCCUUCAAUGGUUGGUCCAAUGCUGAUGGGAUCUCAUGUGACUACCAUUAUGCUGUGGUUCUCUCUUGCUCUGGUCGUCACCACAAUCUCCCAUUGUGGCUAUCACCUGCCCUUCCUCCCGUCCCCAGAGUUCCAUGAUUUUCACCAUCUCAAGUUUAACCAAUGUUAUGGCGUUUUGGGGGUUCUCGAUAGACUGCAUGGGACAGACUUGAUAUUUAAGCAGACCAAAGCCUAUGAAAGGCACAUCUUGCUACUCGGCUUCACCCCUCUGAAUCAAAGCAUCCCUGAAACCACCAAGAAAUCCAUGUAGUCUCCAGGAAAUUAGAAUCGAUGCUUCUACAAUAAACACUUUCCCCGUGCAAGCAUGACCUUUUUCAGCCCUAGCUUUAGAAGAGGAUUCCUGCCUACAUUGAAGACAGAAGUCACCUCCUGCUGAAAUCAGUAGGGUCCCUCAAAACGAUUAAUCUCCAGCAUUUUUGGAGACAUUUUUCGGGCAGGACGGUAAUUUAUUAUACAAAA